AUGGCCCUCACAAAGACACCAAAGAAGAAGAUAUCCCCCCUCCCAAAGCCCACCCGCCGCCUCCUCUGUCUCGGCAUCGAAGGCUCAGCGAACAAGCUUGGUUGCGGUAUCAUAUCCCACCAGCCCUCCCCCGCCGACACUGGUGCCACAACUGUCACUGUCCUCUCCAACGUCAGACAUACCUACAUCACACCACCGGGCGAGGGCUUUCUGCCCUCUGACACUGCCCGGCAUCACCGAGAAUGGGUAGUCAAGGUGGUGGAAGAGGCAGUUCGCAAAGCAGGGGUCAGGAUGAGCGAUUUGGAUUGCAUAGCCUUCACAAAGGGCCCGGGCAUGGGCACUCCCCUUCAGGUGGGCGCCUUGACGGCGAGAACCCUCUCUCUUCUGCACAACAUUCCUCUAGUGGGCGUCAAUCACUGCGUGGGCCACAUCGAGAUGGGUCGACAAAUCACAUCGUCACAUAACCCUAUCGUCCUGUAUGUCUCUGGGGGCAAUACGCAAGUGAUUGCAUACUCUCAGCAGAGAUACCGGAUUUUCGGAGAAACCCUAGAUAUCGCCAUCGGCAACUGCCUGGACCGAUUUGCGAGAGUGAUUGGCUUGAGAAAUGACCCUAGUCCUGGGUACAACAUCGAGAAGGAGGCAAAGAAGGGUCAUAGAUUAGCUCCCUUGCCAUAUGGCACCAAGGGGAUGGACAUCUCCCUCGCCGGUAUCCUGCAAUCUGUCGAGGCUUACACCAAGGAUAAGCGUUACCGCACUUGGGACCAGGUUCCUGUGAGAGACAGCCCAGAUACUCCCUCAAAUGAGGACAUCAUCACGCCCUAUGAUCUGUGUUUCUCUCUACAGGAAACGACUUUUGCGAUGUUGGUAGAGAUUACGGAGAGGGCGAUGGCUCAUGUGGGGGCCAAAGAUGUUUUGAUUGUUGGAGGUGUUGGCUGUAACAUGCGACUGCAAGAGAUGAUGGGCAUCAUGGCCAGUGAACGAAACGGACGAGUCUUCGCCACCGAUGAAAGCUUUUGUAUCGAUAACGGAAUCAUGAUCGCCCAAGCGGGUUUACUAGCGCAUAGGAUGGGUAUCAGCAUGCCAUUGGAAAAGACAGGGGUGACGCAACGCUUCCGCACGGAUGCAGUGCACGUAGGCUGGAGAGCUUGA